CAGAAACCUUCCGUUUCGAUUUGAAAUGUGAAAUUAUUUCAUGUAUAUUGGAAUAUUUAUAUAAGAAUUGUGGGAAUAUUUAAUAUUUUUCUAAAGAAGUUCGUUUUAUUAAAUGGAAACUUCAACAACUCCUAAGACUUCACAGUCCAAGCGCAGAUCUCUUAGACCUUCACCAUCCUCAUCUUUUAAAAGUCCCUUAAUAACACCAGAGGAAAAAAAGAUAUCUUCGCAGUUUGAAAAUGCUUCUCUAGAAGAUAUGAAGAAAGCCAUAUUGGAACUAUGGCAAGAAAAUGAAGAUUUAAAAAAAGCAAUUCAUGAAUUAGAAGAACAGGGAUAUGAAGAAAGUCAGUUGAAAUGGUAUAUUGAUAAAUUGCAUGAGUACAAUGAAAUUAAAGAUGUAGCUCAGAUGGUGAUGGGAAGAAUAGCUGUUCUUGAGCAAAAAACUGUGAGGGAAGUCCAUGAAGAUUUUGGCAUGAAAGAUGAAGAUUAAAAUUCUCUUUAUAGUUCACUAAAAAAUUAAGUUAUAAACUUAUUGGUUAUUGUAGCUAUUCUAAAGCAAUUUUAUUUAUGUAAAAAUUGCUAGGAUUUUCUAAAAUAAUAAUGUGGAACAUUCUAAAGUUAUCUUUUUAGAAAUGUUUAUUAUUUUUAUUUUACAAAUGUUAGCGUUUGUAAUUAUUCUAUUCAGUUUCUGUAUCAUAUGUAUAUAUGUAUUUAAAUAAUUUUGUCUGAGACAAAUUAUUCUGGUUUCUUGACAAUUUAUAAUGUUAAUUUACUUUUAACUUUUAACAUUCUUAAAAUGGUUAAAGCUUUAUAAUCAUCUAUAAUAUAGUGUUUAUUGAAUUUUAAUUUACUAGUUAGAAUAAAUAGUCUUUUAAUUUGAUUCUGGCAUAAGAGUUGAGUCAUUUAUUAUUUGGCCCUAAAUUCACAUCAUGUGAAACUCGUGCAUUUGUGAUAUAUGUAUUGUCAUUGUAAAUAGACGUCAUGUGUAUACCAUAUUUAUCUGUUAUAUAUAUAUAUGUACAUAUUUCUGAAAUGUGAUAAAGAUUUUUUUCAAUUAAUAAUGUAAUUGUUCACAGAAAAUAAUAUUUUCUUACUGAUGUAUCAUGAAUAAAUUUCUUUAACUACACGGCUUAUCUUAAAAUUGCAAAAGAGUGCAAUUUUUCUUGAAUUUUGUUGGGUAAAAAUAUUAUGCCUAAUAAUUAUUUAUUAAAUCUGCAGAGUCUAACAAUGUAAUAAUUCUUGCAUGUACCAUAGUAAAUAAUCAUCUUGUAUAUGCCAAAUUUAUAUAUUAGUUUGUGUCAUCAUUGCUAAUUAUGAAUGUUCAUUUUCAUAUUUAUGUUAAUAAUGCCAUCCUAUUUGAGAAAUUCCUAAUACUCACGACUAGCUGUGAAGGAUGGUUGUAAAUAACACCAGAGACACUAUUGCUAAAUAUAUAAUUUAACAAUAUUGUCAAAUGAAUACCCACUGUAGCAAAAAUUAGAUUUUGAAGAAUUUUUCUGAAAUGGAAACUUGAAAUAAACACCCAUGAAUUGUUAUUUUACAAAAUUACAAACAUCUUACCAUGUUAAUAAGUUUGUAUAGCACGCAAAUCCUCUUAUUUGAUUGCAAUAUCAUAAUACACUGAAGAAUGCUAUUGAAACAUUUAUGUACUAUUAUGACAUUUUACAAGUGUUAAUUGUAUAAUGGUGAAUUUAAAUGAAAAAAGUAGGAAAACGUUGAGAUUAACAUCUCAAAAAAGGAAAUGCUUUUGUAAUUAGUAGUAUUGAUAAAUUUAUUUUCUAAAGGCCCCCACUUUCAACAUUUACCAUGUCCCUUUAUUAUCUAGUUAGCCAUUGAUUAAAGAGUACAUUUGUUAAGAAAAUGAGCUGUGUUGAGAUCACAGUUGUUUAAAAUAGUGUCUUUUGAGAUUAAUUACUUAAAAAAUAUUUUUGAAAUACUUAAUUUAUUCUAAUAAAAUUUCUAUUUUGUCUAUUGCCUAGCAUUAUUCUGAUCUUACUGAUGCUUGAAAAUUUAUUUUCUGUCAUCUGAAUUUUAUCUCAUAUGUAUAUGGAAGCUGCAUUUUUAUA